AUGGAAAAAUCUCCUUCCUUUGCUUUCCUCAUGUUCUCACUCCAUUGCUUCAUAUCCUCCUUGGCUUUGAUUGAUACAAACAUCACUACUGAUAAAUCUACCCUUCUUGGCCUUAAUUCUUUUAUCACUUCAGAUCCAUAUGAUUCCUUAUCUACUUGGUGUAUCUCUUCUUCUCCAUGCAAUUGGGUUGGUGUCGCCUGCAAUACUCGCCAUGGAAGGGUCCAUUCCUUGAAUCUAGGUGGCAUGGAUCUCAAAGGCACCAUAUCUAAACUAUUGGGAAAUCUCUCAUUUCUUGUUGAACUUGAUCUUAGUAGCAACAACUUUUAUGGUGAAAUACCAAGAGAGUUAGUUCAAUUGCGUAGAUUGAAACUACUGAACUUGAGCUUCAAUGACUUUCAUGGAAAAGUUCCAGCAUGGAUAGGAGAUUUAUCUACAAUGGAGCACUUAAAUCUUCGAAAUAAUGGUCUUGUUGGAUUAAUUCCACUAUCUGUGUUCAAUCUAUCAAGGUUAGAGACAUUAGAUUGGAAUUUUAAUUUAAUUGAAAGAAUCGUUCCUGUUGAGGUAGGAAGACUUGAGCGUUUGAAGGUUUUAUGA